CUAAGUUUAUGUUUUUUCUUUCCAAAUUUUCAUCCAGCCUUCUUUCGGGCCUCCAAUUCAUAGUGAAAUACAGAGGCAAAACAUCCUUCUUCUAUCAAUCGGCAAAAUCAGCAAAAUUCCUUUCCUGAUAUUAUGGAUGAAAAAUCUCUUUGGGACCACCCUACACAUGAUGACCAGCAAAAAGACUCUAAUAAUGAUCAGCAAUCUUUCAGCCAAUCUUUGGUUUUUCCUCCGUUUGACUUUUUGGGACCAGAUGCAGAUAUGUAUACAAUAAGUGACCCCAUGGCCACGUCUUUCAUGCCGACGGAACAGGCAGAUAAUGAUACUAGCCAGAUUCAUUCCGAGAGGCCAGAUUAUGAAGUCCCUGGAUUAUGGGACGACUUAAGUAAUCAAACAAUCAAAAGCAAUGAUGCCCUUGACUUUGGACCUCUGCCUGUAUAUUCAGAAACCUCCUCCAUUUCUGGCUCUGGGUUGGAGGAAUCGACAGGAAUCGGUCUAAAACAUUCAGCUAUACCACUCAGCAAACCGUCAUUGUCAUUUUCAGAGGGCCAUGACCUGCAAGGCGUGCAUUCUAUGACGAUUUCUGCGGCACAUACUGAAAACUGGUCAAUGAUGACUCCGUUGGAUCGCUGGAAGCAUUCUCCCCCAGAACUCGAACCCGCUCCACUGUUGGACAUUAUGGAGUCCGUUGCGAAUAGUACCGAGCCUGGUCCAUCCAAUACGACGAAAGAUGCUCUCAGUUCGACAUAUUCCCAGCCCCAUGGUCAACGUGUUCACAAGUUGACAGCGUCGGCCGCAACUUCCGAGUCAGCGGGUUCCAGCGUCUCUAGCAGCUCUGCUUCUUCAGCCGGCAGUGUGGGCUCACAUGGCUCCUUCGGCUGCUUUUAUGCCAGCGAACCGACGGGCCGCCGACGUCGGCGACGUCGGAGAAAAUCCCCUUUAGCAAAUGAUCGAAACAGACCGAAGACCGAUCGGCGACCAUAUCAGUGCACGUUCUGUACUGACACUUUCAAAUCGAAAUAUGACUGGACUCGGCAUGAGAGAACCUUACACUUAUCGUUAGAAAGCUGGAUGUGCGCGCCCUUUGGGCCGACCUACCAGGACGAAACCUGCAGCGAACAGAAAUGCACCUUCUGCGAUAUCGUGAACCCGUCCGAAAGCCACAUCCAGUCCCAUCGGUUUCAGGAAUGUCAGGAUAAGCCCGCUACACUGCGGACAUUUUAUCGGAAAGACCACCUCGACCAGCACAUGCGUCUCGUCCACGGGGUAAGAAAAUCAAGUCUACGGGUGAAGACGUGGAAGUCCAAGGUGACUCAGGUUAACUCCCGUUGUGGAUUCUGUGAAAAGACAUUUAUUCAAUGGCCAGAGCGUAAUGAUCACCUUGCGGCACAUUUCCGGAAUGGUUUGAAAAUGAAGGACUGGAAAGGCUGUCGAGGCCUCGAUCCCGCGGUUGCCUUGGCAGUGGAGAAUGCCAUGCCCCCAUAUCUAAUAGGCAUGGAAUCUACCAGCAUGAAUCCCUUUAGGGCUUCACGCUGUGAUGAAGAUGCUAAGUCUAGGGCUUGGCCAGUUUCUGGAAUUGAAACGAACCAGGGCGAAGAUAGAACAAGCUCCACGGUCCCAACGCCUUUCGAGAAGCUUACUAAACAUUUGAUACAGUUUGUGAAAAAGGCACAAGCCGCUGGGAUCUCUUUAACAGAUGAAAACAUACAGGAAGAGGCGCGCUGCUUUGUGUUUGGGGACGAUGAUCCUUGGAAUCAAACUGCUGCAGAUAAUCAGGAUUGGCUAAAGUUAUUCCGAGAAGGGAUGGGUUUAGAUUCAACUUAUUCCAUUAUUCACCCUGAUCAACUUUCAACAAUUAACACUUCAGAUAUGCCGCCCAGCUCUGUUUUUCCUCUUCCGUGGUCGGUGGACACAGCUUCAUGGGUAGAGGACGCGCCUUCCAUUUCAGAUCCUGCAAAUAUAAUCGACCCUUGGAUGCCAUGGUCCUGGCAUACCCCUGAAUGUCUCGUGGAAUUUCGCAGGCAAAAUCAUAGUUCUGGACCGUGUACACCGGCAAAGGAGAAUGCCAAGUCCUUGGAUUAA